GAUCCAAGAUUGGCAGCAGGGGGGAGAAGGGUAUAAAAGCAGAGACUUUGUGCAGCACAUCAGUUCUGGUCCAAGAUGGCCAAGCUCACUCUGCUCACCGGUCUGGCCCUGCUGCUCAACGCCCACCUCGGCACUGCCUACGUGCUGACAUGUUACUUCACCAACUGGGCCCAGUACAGGCCUGGGGAGGGGAAAUACACCCCCGAGAACAUCGACCCCAACCUGUGCAGCCACCUGAUCUACGCCUUCGCCGGGAUGAACAACAACGAGAUCACCACUUAUGAAUGGAACGACGAGACCCUCUACAAAUCCUUCAACGGCCUGAAGAACCAGAACAGAAACCUGAAGACCCUGCUGGCCAUUGGAGGAUGGAAUUUCGGCACAGAAAAGUUCACUACAAUGGUUUCCACCCCCCAGAACCGCCAGACUUUCAUCAACUCCGUUGUCAGAUUCCUGCGCCAGUAUGGAUUCGAUGGGCUGGACCUGGACUGGGAAUACCCCGGCUCCAGGGGCAGCCCAGCCCAGGACAAGGGGCUCUUCACUGUCCUGGUUAAGGAAUUGCUGGCAGCCUUUGAGCAGGAAGCCAAACAGACCAACCAGCCCCGGCUCCUGGUCACCGCGGCUGUGGCUGGAGGACUUUCCACCAUCCAGGCUGGCUACGAGAUUGCUGAGCUGGGCAAGUACCUGGACUACAUCCACGUGAUGACCUACGACUUCCACAGCCCCUGGGACGGCUCCACUGGCGAGAACAGCCCCCUGUUCAGCAGUGGCAGCAGCUUCAGUGUGGAAUAUGCUAUGAACUACUGGAAGAACAAUGGUGCCCCAGCUCAGAAGCUCCUGGUUGGCUUCCCAACCUACGGAAAGACCUUCACCCUGCAAAACCCCUCCAACACUGGGAUUGGGGCCCCAACCUCAGGCCCUGGGCCAGUAGGACCCUACACCAGGGAGGCCGGGCUUCUGGCUUACUACGAGAUCUGCUCGUUCCUGAACACCGGAGCCACCCAGUCUUGGGAUGCCCCUGAGGACGUGCCCUAUGCCUACAAGGGCAACGAGUGGAUUGGCUACGACAACACGAAGAGCUUCAGUGCAAAGGUCGACUGGCUGAAGCAGAACAACUUUGGAGGGGCCAUGGUUUGGACCAUCGACCUGGAUGACUUCACUGGCACUUUCUGCCAUGAAGGCAAAUACCCCCUGAUCUCCACCCUGAAGAAGGGCCUUGGUCUGUGACCAGUGGCUGCAAGAUCCAUGAACAGUCCAGUCCUCAAGUCCCUGUACUUCCUAAACAUGGAAGCAGCAAUUCAGGGGACUGGCCAUGAAGAU